UCGAAAUUUCGUAAAUCUGUUCUUUUGUAAUUCUUUACUUUUAUAAUUUUCAAGGUGUUGUGAAAAGAAAUAAAAGGAGAGAAGCUUUCGAGAAUAUUUGCGCGAAAUCCCAAUAAUGCAAAGAUUUUAUGAAUACAUGUGCGAUUCCUAUGUUAUAAACUAAAAAUCUGGUUAGAUAGGUUAACGUUCCAAAUGAAAGUAAUAUCAUGGACACCGUCGAAAGUGCGGAAAAUGCUAAAGAAGAAUCGUGUAUGAAGGCUGAAGUGGAUGAAGCGAAGCCCGAGAUCACACGAGUCAGUCAUCAAGAAUUAGUGAAGUUAACUAAGGCGACUAUAGACAGUCUUGUUGAGCGCGAGCCACUGCUCUCUGGAUUGCCUUCGGAUGUGACAAUAGAAGAACUCAAAUCGCAAGUCGCAGUCGCGCAAGGGCAGGCCAUAACAUUGUUUUUAAACCGAGGAGAACUGCCGAAGCUCGCAGUGGUGGUACCUCCACAUAACACAACGGUGCUUGAUCUGAAAAAGGCCGUCAAGCGACACAUGACCUUAUCCUUGAAGAGAGAAAAUGUCAAGAAGAAGAUAAGCUGGAAGCACAUCUGGAAGAAAUAUCAUCUUUGCUUCGAAGACACUAGGCUCUCUAACGAUGGAGAAAACAUUAAAGCUUAUGGUAUUACUAAUAAGGUGGAAUUGCACUUCGCGAAAAGGCGUAGGGAAAAGAAUAAGUUGAUAAAAAGUUAACGGUAUUUCUGUAAUUACAACUCACGUUAUAAUAGUUAUUUUAUCUCUUUAGUAUUUCUGUCAAGAAAUUAUUAUUAUUUAUUUUAUAGUAGUUGAGAUUGUA